UUCUUCUUCUUUAAAUCUUUCAUACCCUACUAAUUUAUUAUUAUCUCUCUACACAAUCCCAAGUUAUUUGAUUCCUCAACCCUUCAGAUAUAUUACUCCAUAUACUCUCUCGGAUCGAUCGACUCCAAAUGGGACUUGUAAACAUGUCUUCUAAUCCUCCAGCUACCCAUACUAAAGAUUUCUUUGCUUCUCCCGCUCUUUCUCUCACUCUUGCUGGUAUUUUCCGCCAUGCCGGUGGCAGUGGGAGAGGGCCGGGAAGCAUGGAAGUUGAAGAAGGAGAUGAAGAAAGCGGUGGAGGAUACGGUGGUGGAAAAUCUCAUCAUAAUCAUCAGCAGGAAGAUAUGUUGGAAAUUAGUAGUGAAAACACGGGACCAUGUCGAACAGAUGAUGAUGACAUGGGGAUGGAUAGAUUGCACGACGAGGAAGGUGAUGAAGAAGAUAAUAAUAACAACAACAAGAGCAAGAAGAAGAGGAAAAAAUAUCAUAGACAUACAGCUGAACAAAUCAAAGAAAUGGAAGCGUUAUUUAAAGAAUCGCCGCAUCCGGAUGAGAAGCAAAGACAACAACUGAGUAAGAAACUAGGCCUUGCUCCCAGGCAAGUCAAGUUUUGGUUUCAAAACCGUCGAACGCAAAUCAAGGCGAUACAAGAACGCCAUGAAAAUUCUUUAUUAAAAUCAGAAAUGGAUAAACUCCAAGAAGAAAACCGAGUCAUGAGAGAAACAAUCAAGAAGUCGUGUUGUCCUAACUGUGGUUUUGCUACUACUAGCAAAGACUCUGCCACAUUAAGCACUGAAGAACAACAGCUUCGUAUCGAGAAUGCAAGACUCAAAGCCGAGGUAGACAAGCUACGUUCAACUGCUCGGAAAUUUGCUACUGGAGCUACUUCCCCUACCUCAUCAGGGUCGGCUGGUAAUAAUGGUCAAGAGAAUAGAAGCACAUUGGAUUACUAUACUGGUAUCUUUGGGAUCGAUAAAUCCAGAAUAUUUGAUAUGGUUAACCAAUCCAUGGAAGAACUAAUCAAAAUGGCUACUUCUGGUGAACCAUUAUGGGUUCAAAGCGUUGAAUCCGGCCGUGAGAUCCUCAACUAUGAUGAGUAUAAGCGUGAAUUCUCGCCCGAGAGUAGUUCAACAAGUGCACGAGUUCGCCGAUCAAUUGAGGUUUCAAGAGAGGCUGGUGUUGUCUUUGUUGAUCUACCUAAGUUGAUUCAAGCUUUUAUGGAUGUGAACCAAUGGAAGGAAAUGUUUCCUUCGUUGAUCUCCAAAGCUGCAACAGUCGACGUAAUCAGCAGCGGGGAAGGCGCAAAUAAAAACGGUGCUGCACAACUGAUGUUCGCUGAAUUUCAAAUGCUCACACCUUUAGUGCCCACCAGAGAAGUGUAUUUCAUUAGAUAUUGUAAACAGCUAAGUCCUGAGCGUUGGGCUAUUGUUGAUGUCUCUAUUGACAAUGUUGAAGACACGAUCGAUGCUUCACUAGUGAAAUUUCGCAAACGUCCAUCCGGUUGCAUUAUCGAGGAUAAGGCUAAUGGUCAUUGCAAGGUGAUGUGGAUAGAGCAUUUAGAAAUCCAGAAAACUACGAUUCAUUCCCUGUUUCGCUCUACUGUUAAUAGUGGUGUAGCAUUUGGUGCAAAACGUUGGAUGUCAACAUUGCAACUCCAAUGUGAGAGACUUGUUUUUGGCAUGGCAACAAACGUUCCCACGAAGGAUUCAAGCGGAGUUGCAACAUUAGCUGGACGGAAAAGCGUUUUGAAAUUAGCGCAACGAAUGACAUCAAGUUUCUGUCGGGACAUUGGAGCUUCUAGUCAUAAUACGUGGACGAAGAUCGUAACAAAAGCUGGAGAUGAUAUAAGAAUUGCGUCUCGCAAGAAUUUGAAUGAUCCCGGUGAACCUCUUGGAGUGAUUGUGUGCGCAGUUUCAUCUACUUGGGUUCCUGUUGCGCCCAAUGUCUUGUUCGAUUUUUUAAGAGAUGAUGCUCGUCGAAUGGAGUGGGAUAUUAUGUCGAUGGGAGGUCCGGUACAAUCCAUCGCAAACUUAGCGAAAGGACAAGACCGAGGGAACACCGUCACCAUCCAAGCAUCGAAAUCAAAAGACAGUAGUACGUGGAUAUUACAAGAUUGUUGCACGAAUGGUUUUGAAUCGAUGAUAGUUUACGCUUCAGUGGAUAUUCCAGAGUUGCAAUCGGCAAUGACAGGAUGUGACUCCAGUAAAGUUGCAAUUCUUCCCUCUGGAUUCUCCAUUCUCUCAGACGGGCUCGAGACAAGGCCGCUGGUGAUUAGUUCUCGACUAGAGGAGAAAACCGUGGAAGGAGCUGGGUCUUUAUUCACCAUGGUGUUUCAAAUUCUAGCCAAUUCAACUCCUACAGCUAAGUUAACCAUGGAAUCACUCGAAACAGUUAAUACUCUUGUUGCAUGUACUCUUCAAAAUAUCAAGAAAGGGUUAGAUUGUGAAGAUUAAUUAAUAAUGCAUGAACUUUAAACAGUGUCGUAUUAAAAUAUAAAAUUUGUAUGGAAAAAAAAUAAGAAAAAUAAAAAAGAAUUAAACUAGUAUUUGUUGUAUACUUUGAUGAAAUUAUUCAAGGGUGGUGGUGUUUGCUAAUAA